CAAGGCUAAGUCGUCAGAGUCAUCGAUGUUAUAGUUGCUCCGUAUGCCCCGUCCCCGCCCCUUGCUACGAGCCGCAGCCAGGACCUUCUCGCUAGUCGCUGCUGCUGCUAAAGGCAUCGCUAUGGCGGAGCCCGAGUCCCUGAGGUGCUCCAGUGCUAGAAACCGAGGAGGCGUUCAGAGGGUCGAAGGGAAGCUUCGAGCAAGCGUAGAAAAGGGAGAUUACUAUGAAGCCCACCAAAUGUAUAGAACUUUAUUUUUCAGGUAUAUGUCACAAGGAAAACAUGCAGAGGCGAGGGAGCUGAUGUACAACGGUGCUUUGCUGUUCUUCAGCUACAACCAGCAAAACAGCGCAGCAGAUCUUUCCAUGCUGGUGUUGGAGGUUUUGGAGAAGUCUGAUACUAAAGUUGAGGAUGAAAUGUUAGAAUGUCUGGCUAAGCUGUUCAGUCUGAUGGAUCCGAACUCUCCAGAGAGAGUAGCCUUUGUAUCCAGAGCUCUGAAAUGGUCCACUGGAGGAUCCAGCAAGUUGGGUCACCCCAAGUUCCACCAGCUGCUGGCUGUCAUCCUGUGGAAAGAACAAAACUACAGCGAGUCUCGUUAUCAUUUCCUACAUUCGUCUGACGGGGAGGGCUGUGCUCAGAUGCUGGUGGAGUAUUCGUCGUCACGAGGCUACCGUACAGAAGUCGACAUGUUUGUGGCGCAGGCCGUCCUGCAGUUCCUCUGCCUAAAGAACAAAAGCAGUGCUUCCGUGGUGUUCAGCACGUACACAGACAAACACCCGUCCAUAGAGAAGGGCCCUCCCUUCGUCCAGCCUCUACUAAACUUUAUCUGGUUUCUGCUGCUGGCAGUGGAUGGAGGUAAAUUAACAGUUUUCACAGUGUUAUGUGAACAAUAUCAGCCUUCCCUGAAGAGGGAUCCCAUGUAUAAUGAGUAUCUGGACAGAAUAGGGCAGCUUUUCUUUGGUGUUCCACCCAAACAGUCACCAUCGUAUGGAGGCCUGCUAGGAAAUUUGCUGAACAGCCUGAUGGGUUCUGGUGAAGAGGAGGACGGUGCUGAAGAGGCCCAUGAGGACAGCAGCCCCAUAGAGCUAGACUGAGCCUGCCGACCACGACGGGAAGAGCAAACACAAGGGGGAGAAUAAAAAAUAAAGAGGAAGAGCACCCCACCUCCCCUCCUUCACCUCCACAGACGGGGGUGAGAGCGAGGCGCUGCUCUUGUGAUUUCAGAGGUGUGCUGUUUGAUUCAAGUCCAGUCAUCCCAACUAUUCAGUUCCAAACCAAAACAAGUGUCAUUCCACCAAAAACACAGCUCUGCCUGGACUGAAGCACCAAACCCUCCGCCUGUUGAACUCUUGUAAGAUUAUUUUAUUCUAACUAUACUUUUGUUUUGGUAGUUUGGGACUUUUGCUUGCUGUUUAGGAGUGAACGAUCAGCACAUGAACUGUCUCCUGUGUGAAAACCUGCCUACAGGAGACGGGAGUAACCCAAGUGCGUCUGAGAGAACGGCACUACCACAAGCUCGACAAGCCUGGUUGACACUAAGGGUUUAGUCUGCUCACUACAGUUCUUACAGUGUUUUGUCUGUUUUGAGAGCUCGGCACAGCUCCUGAUGGCAUUCUUCAACAUACUCCAUUCUGUCUCUUCUGUCAGAUGUAAAUUAAAACAUACUCCUUACCAAG